CUUUUCCACGAGAGUCACAAAUAACAUACGUACAAUGCUCAGAAAACGAAAAUCCUAGAGUAAACUCUCACUUCAAACAUUCUUAUCCAAUUUUCCACUCAAAUUCCCAAAGAGUUUGUUUCCCAAUUUUUCCUUAAUCAUUGUCUAUCUCAGCAAGUCACUAAAUCUGUGUCCCCGUGGCAUGCAUUUUAUAAGCCACCACCCUCAACUCAGUUUCACUCACAUUUUAAUUCAAACCACACCACUCCUUCCUUUCCAGGUUUAGCGUUUGCUUUUGGUUGGAUUUUGCUGAAUGGAAAGUGCAAGAAUCAGCCAAUGGUUAAAUCUUCUAGUUUGUGUACUGCUAUUACUUAAGGCAGAAGGAUCUUCAGUUCCAUUGACUUUGGUCGAGAAUGCCGAAUCAAAAGGAGCUGUAUGUUUGGAUGGAAGUCCACCAGCUUACCACUUUGAUAAGGGAUUUGGAGAAGGGAUUGACAACUGGAUUGUUCACAUUGAGGGAGGAGGAUGGUGCAACAAUGUCGAGAGUUGCCUUGAACGUAAGAACACUAGAUUAGGUUCAUCUAAGCAAAUGAAGGAUAUUUACUUUUCGGCAAUUUUAAGCAAUGAGCAACAGUUUAAUCCAGAUUUCUACAAUUGGAAUAGAGUCAAGGUUAGGUACUGUGAUGGUUCAUCGUUUACUGGUGAUGUGGAAGAAGUUGAUCCAACAACCAAUUUGCACUUCAGAGGAGCAAGGAUUUUUUCAGCUGUAAUGGAAGAAUUACUAGCAAAAGGAAUGAAGAACGUUAAAAAUGCUAUUCUCUCUGGCUGUUCAGCGGGAGGAUUGACUACUAUAUUACACUGUGAUAGCUUUAAAGCUUUGUUGCCUUCUGGAGCUAAUGUGAAAUGUGUUCCAGAUGCUGGUUAUUUUGUCAAUGUAGAGGAUAUUUCAGGAGCACAUUCCAUUCAAGAGUUCUACAGUGAAGUUGUUUCAAUACAUGGUUCAGCAAAGAAUUUACCCACAUCUUGCACUUCAAAACUCAACCCAGCACUGUGCUUCUUUCCACAAUAUGUGGCAUCACAUAUCAGUACUCCAAUCUUCGUUGUUAAUUCAGCCUAUGACAGGUGGCAGAUUCGAAACAUCUUUAUACCUGGCUCCGCUGAUCCCAGUAAUAGUUGGCAUAGCUGCAAGAUUAAUAUAAGCAACUGCUCAACUGAUCAACUAAGUAAAAUUCAAGGCUUCAAGAGUGAAUUCGAAAGGGCAUUGAGUGAGGUAGGAGAUUCUCCAUCUAAAGGAAUGUUUAUUGACUCUUGCUAUGCCCACUGCCAAACAGAAUUACAGGAGACAUGGUUAAAGAGUGACUCUCCACAGCUCGCCAAUACAACUAUUGCCAAGGCAGUGGGAGACUGGUUUUAUGGUCGAAGCUCUUUCCACCAUGUAGAUUGUAAUUUUCCUUGCAACCCUACUUGCCACAAUCGUGUUUUUAAUCUAAAAGAUCACCCCGGAAUAUAAAUUUGUUUGAUCAACUAUAUAAAUCAUUCUUAUAAACUACACUGAUCAGGUAAUUGGUUAUGGUAUGAGAAAAUAAGGUUUAUAAGUAACACUGAGCUUGUGUGCUGUGAGCCCUCAAUCAAUGCUGUAAUUGUAUUCAUAGUAAAAUGAUAUAUUAUGCGGUGCUUUUACUAA